AUGGUUCAGGGCUACUUGCACACACCCAUACUGGGCAAAAUACUUGGUCCGACAGUCUCCACCCAACUGUCACAUCCUCCCAUUUCUGAAUACUUAGCAUUUUGUAUUAUCACCACGAAGACCAUGCUAUCUUCCAAGAAACGCGAUCAAAAGAAUGACCACUUCUGGGCCUAUAGCGGUUGGGAGGCGCUCGAAAAGGCUAUGAGCUCAUCUAAUAGUAGACUGUCAAUAAUGGUCAACCAACCCGCUUUAUUCUCAAAGUCGAGUCUUCAUCCGAAUUCUUUGAUCGAGCCAGCAACGGCGGCAGCAGCUAGGGGGUAUGCGGUUAUCAAGAGGGAAAUGCAACUGACUGACAAUGAAGCGAACCCUAGUAUCCUACGAGAUAUCGGAUUCUCGACGCUCGUGUGUCUUGCUGUCUCCAGACAUUCCACAGAAGAUAAGCGGUCAGAGCACCUCAAGCUCAUACUAGAUGGUCUGAAAUGGCGGUUGCAGAUGCAAGAGCGCUUCGCACUGGUCUGGCAAGAGAUGGUGAAGCAUGGGUUGUUGUCAAUGGAGUGCGUCAUGAGGAGGAUCGAUCUUGGCGCCGCCACGGGCUCGGAUACAGUCCUCGCUCUCAUCAACACGAUUGAACGUUUCGAGUACGUACAGGACCCAGGCAACGGUCCUAGGAGCAGGAGCGAACGAAUUCCGAAAGAUUCUCUCACGAACAAUAUUGCGAAGGCUGUUGGCUGGUUGGAGACAUCGCAGUACUUUAGUCCCAUGUUAGAAGACGACCCGCUUGACGACGUUAAGAAUGCUGACUAUGUUGACUACGUCGAUGGUAUUGCGAAGCUCUUUGGCUCGUUGGACACAUCACAAUACUAUGGUCCCAUGUCGCAAGACGACCCGCUUGAUAAUGUUGACGAUGUUGAAGAUGUUGACGACGUUGAUGAUAUUGAAGUUAAGGGACCGGAUGAGAGCAAAUACAGCAGCUGUCCAGAGGGCGAAUUCAGUACGCUGACCAACUAUCGAAUUGGCUUUAUCCUUCCCCAUGGACAGUCCAUCCGCGCCUGGGCAACUUUGACGGCCAAGAGGUACGAGGAUGUCUUGAAUGCUUACGUGGACAUGUGCGGUGCUGGCUCAUUAGAGAUGGACCCAUGCUUCGCUGCCAUUAUGCAGGAAUUCAGUCAGUCAGUACCUCGUGAGUAUGAAGCUGUCCUGGAGAUCAGCAGAGAAGGCAUGUGA